AUGGCAACCGAUGUAAACUUUCCGUCCGUCAUUUUAUCCGGCUUCAGAUGUGAGAGGUAUAUGACUUUUCUUCUUUUCUUUCGAUAUAUUUUUUUAAGAGACUUUUUUGAAAAUCUGUUCGUCUCAAUAAUUAUCUUUAAUCUUUCUAUGAAAUUUUACGAUUAUGUAUCGCUUAUUAUCUGCAUAUAGAUACACGUAUAAUAGAAUCUUAUUCUCUCACAUCUUACUCUUAUAGGUUAGAAAAGUACAGUCAAACGUACAAUCAUGAUGAAAAUAUUUUCGUUGCAUGAAUUUGAUACACCUUCUGAUGAUAAUUUGGCUACUGUUGCACUAAUAGAAGAUGUUUUACAUUAUUGUGACUAUGAAAACUUAACAGAUGAAUUACAACCCUUUUCUAAAUAUCUGCGAGAAUAUCCAGAAGUUUCCAUUACUUCUGAUAUUCUUGCUACACGUGAAACGUCGCAUGCUUUUUGUGCUGGAGACUUGUUUUUACCAGUCUCUGACAGCAUUUUUAAAAAACUUGCUAGUAUAUGCAGGGAAAGAGGAUUAGUUGAAGCUAUUUGUGUGGCUGCAUCUAGCGAACCGCAAGAAGUUACACCAAUCUUGCAUUGGAUAGCUACAAGACUUAAGUGGAUUUUGGAUUUAGUAGAUAGAGGAAUAUAUCAGAGAGAAACCUUGCCUACUUUUGGAUCUGGUUCGAUUGCGGAUAUUGUUCACACAAGAGAUUGGGAAACAUCUUUGAUCAGAUGCAUCUCUUGGCAUCCACAUUGUGCAAGACUGGCAGUAGUCACAAGAGAUGAUCGUAUACGAAUUUUUUCUCAUGAAAUACCAAUAAUACCAAUUUUAAAGCACAGUGCUCAAAAAUCUGUUUGUUGUAUAAGUUGGAGACCACUUGCUGGCAAAGAACUAGCAGUUGCAUGUCACGCAGGUGUCUUAAUUUGGACAAUAGAACUAGGAGCAGCCAGUAAUUUUCUUAGUCACGCAGUGUUGUUAAAACAAAGAAAUCAUGCUCCUGUAACAAGUGUUAUAUGGCAUCCACAGGGUGAUCUGUUGGUAUCAUGUUCACCAACGGAUACACGCAUGCUUAUCUGGGAUACUUCUAAAAAAGAAUCUGUUCCUUUAAGACGAGUUGGUGGUGAUGGCUUAUGUUUUGCAUGUUGGUCACCUUGCGGUUCUCGAUUGUUUUCAGCCUCGUGUAGAAAUAUCUUUAGAGUUUGGAACACGGGAGUGGCAACGUUGUGGCAUGCAGAUAAAUGGACAGUGCCUAUUGGUCGUGUAGCUGUUGCAUGUUUCGGUCCAAAUUUGACUCUGUUAUUUGCAACAGACGAAGAUCCUGGCACAAUCUUUUCUUUACCACUGCAAGAAAAUAUUUUCGAUGUUAAGAAGCUUUCUCUGGACGAUGUAAAAAUGGCCGUACCUUUAAUAGAUUUGACAAAGGUUAAUUUCUUGGAUGAUAAUUAUGUUACUGUCGGCGGGAGAAUAACUACAAUGAAGUGGGAUCCUACAGGGAGAUAUCUCGCUAUUCUCUUCCAGGACAGCCCAUACAUCGCAUUAGUUAAAACUAAACUAGGAAAUCUGUCACGUGUGAUUGAUAUUAAACCAGGUUGCCUUGUCAAAGGAUUUUCGGGGGAAGUUCCUAAUUGCAUAGAUUUCUAUCAGAAAUGUCAGAAAGAAUUAGGCAAUUUGGUUUGUUUAACAAUUGCAUGGAGCAGUGGUCGUAUUCAACAUUUUCCAAUAAUUGAAAAAGAGACUGUUCCUGCUAUGAACACGAGUACCUCACUUUUAUCGCAUUCAUUGUCGUUAAGACACGAUACUUUUACCAACCUCUUGAAAAUUUGUAAACUUUCAGACUGUACCGAGAUGCACCUGGAGGAUUACCACGUGAACGGAAGCGAGGAAGAUGUCCAGCGAGCAGUUUCCAAGAGCAUUAAACAGGAGGGUUUCAACAGCUUGCACCUAACACCCAUUACAACCAUUAACACCAGCAGUCAACCGUGUUGGAUCACUUCUCAUGCAGACAGCGUUCCCUCUCCCAUUUUACCCAACAAUUCCAGUCCCAGAGAAUUCACAGACUGGGAGCAACUCACGACCGUCUUCCAGUAUCCUUGUCAACCGUACACGUCCACGGACAGAUCACCAGGAAGCACAGGCAGCGAAGCUACCACGCCAACCUGGAACAAUGUUAUUCAUAGCGAAACGCCGGACUCUUCCAAUGGUCAAAGACUGCCGUCCGUUGGUUCUGCUUUUUCUUUCUCGAGGAACUUCUGCAAUACGGCCUAUCCAGAGUACCAAGACUACCAAGACUAUCAAGAGUAUCAGGACGACGUAUCAGUGUCUUUGCCCUUUAUCCUUCACAAUCAAACGGAGGACCAGGGAUUCGACGGUUCCAUGCAGGCAGCCACGGAUGAAUUUGAUCUUAGUUUAAUUAGAGGCGAUCCUACGUCGUUAUUGUGCAACGUGGAGUCUGCUCCUUCGCUGUCGCCUACAUACCUGCAAGAGCUUCAAGAUCCAUUUUCUAAUUUAAAUGGAUCUUGCUACGCGGUUGGACACUUGGUCUCUGGACAGCAAUCCUCUGUCUCCGCGGCCUCGAAUUUUGUUAAUGACAAUAGUGGAUUGAACGAUGGAUUUGGGAAUCAGGUUGUUCUGCCCAGGAAUGAAGGAUUGUUGCUGACUGAUAGAAGAGUGCCGAUAUCCAAACCUGCCAGUGAUACGGAGAAACGAAGCAAAUCUUUCGACUGUUCAACGCCAGAAGACAACCUGACAUCGACGUAUCAGUGUCGAUGGAUAGAUUGUGGCUGUGCUUUUGCUGAGCAGGAGGGAUUGGUCCGACAUAUUGAGAGAAGACACGUCGAAUCUUCGUCGUCGAACGCACACGGACACGGAAGACGGUCGCUGCAGUUAAUAAGAUCCUUUGAAUCGUAUUUACAGUUCACUGGGUGCAAGAAGGCAUUUUCACGAUUGGAAAACUUGAAAAUCCACCAGAGAUCUCAUACGGGAGAAAGACCAUACGCCUGCCAGCAUCGUGGCUGUUCCAAAGCGUUCAGUAACAGCAGCGAUCGUGCAAAACACCAAAGGACUCACUACGACACGAAACCGUACGCGUGUCAAGUGAGCGGAUGCGGGAAAAGGUACACAGACCCGUCCAGCCUGAGGAAACACGUGAAAAAUCAUUCGGAGCCAACGACACCGCUGUCCAACUUGUCAUUGACAUCGGAUAGCAAAGGCCCAGGCAGCAUGGCGAACAAUUCGAGCAACUCGCGGCACGAUCCGAUUUCCACGAGUCUGAAGCAGCAGCAGCAACAGCAACAACAAGCGCAAACGGCAAUCGUCUACACGGCGGAAUCAAAUUAUCGAACGUAUAAGACUUCUAAGGAGUCUUACGCGGACGAGGACGCGGAUCUGUUCCAAACGAAUCUGUGUCAGGUCGAUAGGAUUUCCAUGAACCUUGACAGCAAUCAAGAGUUCGUCCCGUUUGAGUCUGUGAAACGCUUUCUCAUCGACGAUGUCGCCGGCACAGGGUACCAGGUUGAGCACGAGGUCCCCGACUUCCAAGAUCUCAGUUCGGAUAUCGAGCAACAAUUUCUCGAGUUAAGCAGCCUCGAUGACGCGGUUUUUAUCGACGGUUGA